AUGGAAACAGAAAAUCACACACAUUUUUCAGAAUUCAUCCUCCUUGGACUUUCACAAGAGGCAGAGCUUCAGCCAAUCCUCUUUGUGCUAUUCCUGUCCAUGUACCUGAUUACUCUGACUGGAAACCUGCUCAUCAUCCUGGCCACCAUCACUGACUCCCACCUGCACACACCCAUGUACUUCUUCCUCUCCAACCUAUCUUUCUGUGACAUCUGUUUCACCUCCACCACCAUCCCAAAGAUGCUGCUGAACAUCCAUGUCCAGAACCAAACCAUCACCUAUGACGGUUGCCUUGCCCAAAUGUAUUUUUUCAUCCUUUUUGCAGAGUUGGACAUUUUCCUCCUGUCUGUGAUGGCUUAUGACCGGUUUGUGGCCAUCUGUUACCCCCUGCACUACACGGUCAUCAUGAACCCCCGGCUCUGUGGCUUUGGGCUGCUGACAUUCUGGAUUUUGAGUGUCCUGGACUCCCUGCUCCGGGCUUUGCUAGUGUUACGGUUGUCCUUCUGCACCAACGUGGAGAUCCCCCACUUCUUUUGUGAAAUCAGUCAGAUCAUCCAGCUCGCCUGUUCAGACACCCUGCUCAAUGUCAUCGAGAUGUAUCUCGCCACAGGGCUGAUGGGCAUUAUUCCCUUUUCUGGAAUCCUUUAUUCUUACUUCCAGAUUGUCUCCUCCAUACUGAGGAUUACAUCUGCCAGAGGGAAGUAUAAGGCAUUUUCCACCUGUGGGUCUCAUCUCUCUGUUGUAUUCUUGUUUUAUGGCACAGGUCUUGGGGUGUACCUUAGUUCAGCUGCUACCCAAAAUUCCAAGGCCAGCGCAAUUGCUUCAGUGAUGUACACUGUGGUUACCCCAAUGCUGAACCCAUUUAUUUACAGCCUGAGGAACAAGGACAUAAAGAAGGCCCUGAAACAUCUUUUUAGCAUUGCCCCUUCCAAUGAGUGA